UAUAUUUAAUACUAGUAGUCCUUUUAGUCUACAAGAUAGCUCACGCACGAUUUUUAAGAGACAAUCGAUGUUUAAAUCGAUAAGUCAAAUGAAAUCGAUUGAUUCAACCACUCAUCGUUCCUUGUUCCAACCGUCAUUCUUUUUUCGUGCGAGAUAGCUUACACACGCAUACCCUACUCGGAAAAAAUAAAAUUUAUUUCUUCAUAAAAAAUGUCGAAACGUGAUCUACAAUACUUAAAGAAAAAACUUAAACAGCUCGAAGAUCAACAAAAACGGAAACGCCGUCGAAUUUUUAUAGAAUCUUCAACAGAUACUGACGAUAACUCGUCUCGCAGUUCCACUUCGCCAACCCCGAAUAACGGUACACCUGGAGAGUCUGCCCCAGUACUUAUCGAUGAACUCUCAAUACCGGUACCAGAAAAUAACGCCGAUGCUGAUGCCACCCCGGAACUUGACCCGGAUGUACUUACCGCGCUUGGAGAAGAAAUUGAGGAUAAAAGUAAAUUUGGGGAAGCUAUUCAUCGUAAUCUAGCCCAGCGAUGGGAACCUAUCCUUAAAAAAGGCCUACCAAAAGAAGCAAAGGAGAAGCUGAUGAAGGAGUACCUUAUACCCGAAAAUUGCACUUUAUUGCAAGCGCCAAAAUUGAAUCGUGAGGUAUCGGCCGCUAUAGCUGAGGCAGCCAGGCAACGGGACAAGAAGAAGGAGACUGCGCAGCAGCAAUUAGGGAUUGGCAUAUCGGCUAUUAAUAAGGCUUUGACAUCGAUGCUAACCUCGGAUAAUAAAGUAGAAGCCAUUAAAAUAUUAAGCGAUGGAUGCCGAAUACUUACUGACCUUCACUUUCAAGAGACGCAGGCGCGUAUUAGUGUUAUUAAUUACUCUCUCGCGAAACCAUUCCUUAAUGUUGUCCAAGACAGCGAAAGAGAUGACACGUUGUACGGGAAUAAGUUGGGUGAAAAAAUAAAGGCCUCAAAAACGAUUGAAAAACAAGGCCUUUCUAUCAAAAAAUUUGUAAAGACUUCUAAAAGUAUGUCUAAUACAGAACACCCAACACCAGUUCUGCGCUCGCAUUACCAGACCAAACAAACUGGCUCAUACCAGGGAAACUGGACCGGGUCUUCGCGCUACCAUCAGAACAGGGGGGGGCGCCGAGGACCAAGCAGGACGAUUGCCCCUGUGACACGCCGGUCUCAAGCGCAACAAUCGUCGAGCACAGCGGUCACGAGCAAAUCGAAAACAACCGCAACUCGUCAGUGAACCAGAAAUCACCUUACCCUGGGUGCCGCGAUUCUCUCAGGCAAGCGUUCUCCUCGCGGGGUGCUCCAGACUCGACCCUAGAUCUCAUGUUAGCAUCAUUGGCCAAGAAUACUAUGCGACAAUAUAAUGUUUCAUUUAAGCUCUGGUGGCAAUAUUGCAAUGACAAUAGUCUAGAUGUCUUUGAUUGCUAUGUGCCGACAGUUUUAUCUUUCUUAAGUUCGCAGUAUUAUAAAGGAGCCUCAUAUGGAUCCUUAAAUAAUCACAGAUCAGCAUUAUCACUUUUACUAGGUAGUAAUAUUGGAUCUGAUGACCGUAUUAAAAGACUCCUUAAAGGAGCAUUUAAAUUAAGACCUAGCUUUCCUAAAUACUCUAAUACAUGGGAUCCGCAAGUAGUUCUCAGUUAUAUUUCCGAAUGGUAUCCCAAUAAAGAACUCAGCCGAGAAAAAAUUACAAAAAAAACUAGUGAUCUUAUUAGCUUUAUGCACGGCACAGCGAGUUCAAACCAUGUCUCUUAUAAAGCUAGAAAAUAUUACCAUUACUUCGACAGGAGUUAACAUAGAAAUCAAAGACAUGUUGAAGACAUCCGCUCCAGGCAGAGAACAACCAUGUUUAUUUCUACCUUUUUUUCAUGAAAAUCCACGCAUUUGUCCUGCCACAGUUCUUCAAGAUUACAUUCUCGUUACAAAACAAGACCGACCUGCUAAUAUACCUUAUCUCUUAAUAACUGUGAAGCGCCCGUACAAGAGCGCGACAGCACAGUCAAUAAGUAGAUGGAUAAAGCAGACGCUAGCAGAAAGCGGUGUAGACGUGUCGACGUUCAGCGCGCACAGCACGCGACACGCAGCCACGUCCACAGCUGCCACUCGUGGGACCUCUAUCGAUACCAUACGGAAAGCUGCCGGCUGGACAAAUGCGUCGAAGGUUUUCGCUCAAUUCUAUCAUCGACCAAUAUUAGAUGAUCAUACUUUUGCUCAUUCAAUAUUACAAGAUUGAGAUAAUAACAGGGUUUGUGGUUAUUAUUGUUCUAUUUAUAAGUAAGAAUGUAUCCUUAAUUAACGUACCUUGAGUACAUAUUAAAAUGAUUAGUAGAAGUUCCUUAAUUGUUUUAUUUAGUCGACUGCAAAACUUUUCUCUUAACAUCUACUAGUAUUAAAUAUAUCUGAAGAAUGAAGCGAAGAAAUAUAAUAUAUGAUCAAACGAACUUCACAAGUGAAGUUCGAUCAAUAUUAUAUGAUUCGCUUCAUUCGAAGAUAUAAGGUCCCCCCUCACCCUUUCCCGAAAGCAAAGUUCUGCAUCGUCUCUAUCUCUAAAAGAAUGACGGUUGGAACAAGGAACGAUGAGUGGUUGAAUCAAUCGAUUUCAUUUGACUUAUCGAUUUAAACAUCGAUUGUCUCUUAAAAAUCGUGCGUGAGCUAUCUUGUAGACUAA